AUGUCCUGUGUUUUUUGUGGCUUCAGUAUCAAUCUGCCGCAGAGAGUAGAAGCUCUACAAGGAUCCUGUGUUUUCAUACCCUGCACAUUUGACAUCGAUCAACAGUUUAACAGUUACCUCACUGAUAGUGCAAAGAGAAUAUGGUUUAAGGGUGUAACACCAGUGUUUGUCUCCAGCAGCCCCAACACUGGACUGUUAAAAGGAGAAAUAUUUGGCACUGCUACACAGAAAAACUGCACCACACGCUUCGAUAAUGUCAGUCAGAGUCAUAUUACUUCAGACCUGAAGAUGAUAAAGUGCAGAUCUCCCUCCAAACCCACACUGAGCAUCUUUCCGGAUCAGCAGGAGACGACUGAGGGAAGUUCAGUGAGUCUGCGCUGCUCUACUAAGAUCUUCUGUCAGUCUCGUCCACCAUCUCUCACAUGGAGCUCAUCUCUCAUCGAGAGCGUCACAGGACGGCAGUAUCAGAGCCAAACUGAGCUCAUCUCUGAUCUGAACUUCACUGUUUCUCACCGUCAUCACAGAGUCACUUUCACCUGCACUGCAACACACCAGCUACAGCAGCCGAGCACAACACAAGAGUCCCGGAUGCUACUAGUUCAGUAUGCUCCUAAAAACACAUCAGUGAGGAUAAAUCCAGCUGGUUUAGUUCUAGAGGGUCGUUCAGUGACGCAAACCCAGCAGUGA